AUGGGAAUCGCCUUCUCGAUGAAGAAAUUCUUAGCUACUCCAUUAAAAGCACAAUGGAGAUUUCCAUUUGUUGUCAACCCUCGAUUUUGUCGUCGUCGUGUUACAACUCUUGUCCUUACGAAUAGUUUUUGGUCUCAUGCGAUUGAAAUUCACGGCUAUGGAGUUUGUGAAGCAAAUUCUGAUCGAAUUCUCUUCCGUGUGGUGCCUACAGUCGAUGGUAUAGUGUCAGAUGGAUGUACAAAAUGGCUCGUAGACGAAUACGGCAUUGCUGUGGCUCAUUUAAGACCUAGAGACCAUUCAAGUGCUGCGUUAUACGACGUUUGUUUGGGCAAACGAUUGUCACUUCAAACAAAAGUUUUGACAACUCUUGUGAUUAAAUUUGUUGCUGGAAGAGGAGACCCUUUAAUUGCUGAAGUAGUGGACCAAGUUACAGGAUGUAAAAGUCGAAUUGGAUGUCAUGGUAUUUGGAGACAACGAGCAGCUGUGUUGUAUUUAGAAAAAGGAUGUGGUGGGCGUCGUGAAGCAAUUGCAAAAGUCUAUCGACCAACGACCAAUCGGCUUUCCAAAUUUUUAGAUCCAUUCUAUCACGUGGAGAUUGCGAUUGGUGUUGAUGUAGCGUUGGUUUUGCUUAUUUGUGCAGCUAUGGACGAUGCAAGUAUGCACAAGUCUAAGGUUCAUAGAUAUCCGUUACUAGGCACACAUUAG